CUUUUCUCAAAUCCUCGAUCUCUUUUGUAUCGUAAAUCAUGAACCCCUUUGUAAUAUUUGUAAUCAUCCUUCUCUUCUGGCAAUUGGAUUACAGUUACAUCUUCUUCUUCUUCUGAUAAAGUUUUGAUUUUGUAUACGAAAUAAAUUCAAAGUGGAGAAACCUCGGUGUUUUAAUCUCUUUUCGAUAAUGAAGUGUUUCUUGUUCUCUGGUGGGGACAAGAAAGGGGAACAGAAGACCCCUAUCUCGGUUUCAUUGACUUCUAACUUCUCUGACCGCGAAAUAAACCGAAGCGGGUCAGAGUUUAACUCUCGGGAUGUCUCUGGGACGAGCACAGAAUCAUCCAUGGGGAGGAAGAACUCGUACCCUACAGUGUCUACUAGAGCAAGUAAUCUCAGAGAGUUCAGCAUUACUGAUCUCAAGUCUGCAACAAAGAAUUUUAGCCGAUCUGUUAUGAUCGGAGAAGGUGGUUUCGGUUGUGUCUUCAGAGGAACAGUGAGGAACUUAGAAGACCCGUCAAAUAAAAUCGAAGUCGCGGUGAAGCAGCUCGGUAAAAGAGGGUUGCAGGGGCAUAAGGAAUGGGUUACGGAAGUGAACUUCCUCGGGAUAGUUGAGCAUACAAACUUGGUGAAAUUGCUUGGCUAUUGUGCAGAAGAUGAUGAACGUGGAAUCCAACGGCUUUUGGUUUAUGAAUACAUGCCUAACCGAAGUGUUGAAUUCCACUUAUCCCCUCGGUCACUCACAGUUCUUACUUGGGACCUCAGACUAAGAAUCGCCCAAGACGCAGCUCGCGGCUUAACAUACCUGCAUGAAGAAAUGGAGUUUCAGAUAAUAUUCCGCGAUUUCAAGUCCUCAAACAUUCUUUUGGAUGAGGACUGGAAAGCAAAGCUCUCAGAUUUCGGUUUGGCUCGUUUAGGUCCAUCUGAAGGACUAACCCAUGUUUCUACUGAUGUCGUUGGUACAAUGGGUUAUGCAGCACCUGAAUACAUUCAAACCGGUCGUCUCACAUCGAAAAGCGAUGUGUGGGGAUAUGGAGUCUUCCUCUAUGAGCUUAUCACAGGGAGACGACCGGUGGACAGAAACAAACCCAAGGGAGAGCAGAAGCUUCUAGAAUGGGUGAGACCUUAUUUAUCUGACACAAGGAAGUUCAAGCUCAUAUUAGACCCGAGGCUCGAAGGGAAGUACCCAAUCAAAUCGGUUCAAAAGCUAGCAGUUGUGGCCAACAGAUGUUUGGUUAGGAACUCAAAGGCACGUCCCAAGAUGAGUGAGGUGUUAGAGAUGGUGACCAAGAUUGUGGAAGCUUCUUCAGGGAACGGCAGCCCGCAGCUAGUUCCGCUGAACAGUGUAAAAGCUUCGAGAGGCGCGGGAGGAAAGAACAAGAGGGUUUUAGAGACGAGGAACAAUGGUGGUGGCGGUGAAGGAGCUGAAUCUUCAGACUCGAAAUCGAAGAAAGAUUUCAGUACUGCUAUUCUCGAGAGGAAGAAGUCUCCGAACCGUCUUGUCGUCGAUGAGGCUAUCAACGAUGAUAACUCCGUUGUCUCUCUUCACCCUGCAACCAUGGAGAAGCUUCAGCUCUUCCGUGGUGAUACCAUUCUCAUCAAGGGAAAGAAAAGGAAGGACACUGUCUGCAUUGCUCUCGCUGAUGAGUCAUGUGAGGAGCCAAAGAUCAGAAUGAACAAAGUAGUCAGAUCUAACUUGAGGGUUAGACUCGGAGAUGUUAUUUCUGUUCACCAAUGCCCAGAUGUCAAGUACGGAAAGCGUGUGCACAUCUUGCCUGUUGAUGAUACUGUUGAAGGAGUGACUGGAAACCUCUUUGAUGCUUAUCUGAAACCUUAUUUCCUGGAGGCAUACCGUCCAGUGAGGAAGGGUGAUCUCUUCCUAGUCAGAGGAGGCAUGAGGAGUGUGGAGUUCAAAGUCAUAGAGACAGAUCCUGCUGAGUACUGCGUGGUUGCUCCAGACACAGAGAUUUUCUGUGAGGGUGAGCCUGUGAAGAGAGAGGAUGAAGAAAGGCUAGAUGAUGUAGGUUAUGAUGAUGUUGGUGGUGUCAGGAAACAGAUGGCUCAAAUCAGAGAACUUGUUGAACUUCCCUUGAGGCAUCCACAGCUAUUCAAGUCAAUUGGUGUUAAGCCACCAAAGGGAAUUCUUCUUUAUGGACCACCUGGGUCCGGAAAGACUUUGAUUGCUCGUGCUGUGGCUAAUGAAACUGGUGCCUUUUUCUUCUGUAUCAACGGACCUGAGAUCAUGUCCAAACUGGCUGGUGAGAGUGAGAGCAACCUCAGGAAAGCAUUUGAGGAGGCUGAGAAAAAUGCCCCUUCAAUCAUAUUCAUUGAUGAGAUUGACUCUAUUGCACCCAAAAGAGAGAAGACGAAUGGCGAGGUUGAGAGGAGGAUUGUGUCUCAGCUGCUUACGCUUAUGGAUGGACUGAAAUCGCGUGCUCAUGUUAUUGUCAUGGGAGCAACCAAUCGCCCCAACAGUAUCGACCCAGCUUUGAGAAGGUUUGGAAGAUUUGACAGGGAGAUCGAUAUUGGGGUUCCUGACGAAAUUGGACGUCUUGAAGUUCUGAGAAUCCAUACAAAGAACAUGAAGCUUGCAGAAGAUGUGGAUCUCGAAAGGAUCUCAAAGGAUACACACGGUUACGUCGGCGCUGAUCUUGCAGCUUUGUGCACAGAGGCCGCCCUGCAAUGCAUCAGGGAGAAGAUGGAUGUGAUUGAUUUGGAAGAUGACUCCAUAGAUGCUGAAAUCCUCAAUUCCAUGGCAGUAACUAAUGAACAUUUCCACACUGCUCUCGGGAACAGCAACCCAUCUGCACUUCGUGAAACUGUUGUGGAAGUUCCCAACGUCUCUUGGAAUGAUAUUGGAGGUCUUGAGAAUGUCAAGAGAGAGCUUCAAGAGACUGUUCAAUACCCAGUCGAACACCCAGAGAAGUUUGAGAAAUUCGGGAUGUCUCCAUCAAAGGGAGUACUUUUCUACGGUCCUCCUGGAUGUGGGAAAACCCUUUUGGCCAAAGCUAUUGCCAACGAGUGCCAAGCUAAUUUCAUCAGUGUCAAGGGUCCCGAGCUUCUGACGAUGUGGUUUGGAGAGAGUGAAGCGAAUGUCCGUGAAAUCUUUGACAAGGCCCGUCAAUCCGCUCCAUGUGUUCUUUUCUUUGAUGAGCUUGACUCCAUUGCGACUCAGAGAGGAGGCGGAAGUGGAGGCGAUGGAGGCGGCGCUGCAGAUAGAGUGUUGAACCAGCUUUUGACUGAGAUGGAUGGAAUGAACGCCAAGAAAACUGUCUUCAUCAUUGGAGCAACCAACAGACCUGACAUUAUCGAUUCAGCUCUUCUCCGUCCUGGAAGGCUUGACCAGCUCAUUUACAUUCCACUACCAGACGAGGAUUCCCGUCUCAAUAUCUUCAAGGCCGCCUUGAGGAAAUCUCCUAUUGCUAAAGAUGUUGACAUCGGUGCACUCGCCAAAUACACUCAGGGAUUCAGUGGUGCUGAUAUCACUGAGAUUUGUCAGAGAGCUUGCAAGUACGCCAUCAGAGAAAACAUUGAGAAGGACAUUGAAAAGGAGAAGAGGAGGAGCGAGAACCCAGAGGCAAUGGAGGAAGAUGGAGUGGAUGAAGUAUCAGAGAUCAAAGCUGCACACUUUGAGGAGUCGAUGAAGUAUGCACGUAGGAGUGUGAGUGAUGCAGACAUCAGGAAGUACCAAGCCUUUGCUCAGACGUUGCAGCAGUCUAGAGGGUUCGGUUCUGAAUUCAGGUUCGAGAAUUCUGCUGGUUCAGGUGCCACCACUGGAGUUGCAGAUCCGUUUGCCACGUCUGCAGCCGCUGCUGGGGACGAUGAUGAUCUCUACAAUUAGUGAUAACUUCAUUAUCCUUUUUUUAUUAAGUUUAAAACUCGAAUUCUCUACUUUUGGAUUACUGGGGAAAGUGAUACUGAUUCUUUCCUCGUGUUUUUAAGUUAUCCGAAUCUCGUGUUUGGGUUUUAAUCAAUGUUCUUAAUUUUC